AUGGCGUACCUCGAAGGAUUGUGGAUGCUCGGGGCGAGCUUCCUCGGCACCCUGUUCCUCUUCAUCACGUGGUUCCACCCGGCCUUCUCGCUGAACGAGGUCUUCUUCUUCUCGAUCGUCUUCAGCAUCCUGUCGUCGAGCUGGAUUGGCUUCAUCGUGCAGGGCUUCUGGUACAACGAAUUCAACGAGCAGGGAAUCAUCAUCUCGAAUGCCUUCUUCACUGUCUUGGUGCUGCUCUACGCCAAGUCGGCCUACAAGAAGAUUAAGAUGUCGAUCGAGAACUUCCGCUUCAUCACGGCCGCGUCGACCAACGCAGCCUACAUGUCGGGAAAGGGCUCCAACUCUCCCUACGCUGAGAUGUUCAGGGAGUACGUGCGCAACGGCAACGGCCUGAUGUUCCACAUCUUCGCUCUGCUCUGCUUCAUCAUGUUCUACACCCUCUUCGAUCACCACUCGCUCUCGAUCGGCGAGGAUGGCGCCUCCUACUCGGGAGGUGGCUGCUGGGGAGACAUCGCUUUCCAUCUCGACAUCAUCAGCUCCUUCCUCUACGGCCCCAAUGUGCACUUCAAGCCGUGGGCUCUGUCCAACCCCAUCUACUCGGGCACCACCCUCCAGUACACUCUUCUUCCCGAUUACCACUCGGCCAUGCUCAUCAAGGGCGGCUUCUCCGUGCGCCACGCGUUCUUCGGCCCCGGCGUCCUCAUGUCCUGGUCCAUCUGCUGCCUUCUCUACUUCUACACGUUCCGCUUCACCGAGGGUAGCAAGGCUGCCGGCUGGUUGGCCGUGGCUUUCUUCUGCUUCUCCGGCGGCGUGGGCUUCUUCUCGUGGAUCCACAAGCACGGCAUGACCUGGUCUGGCCUUGUCGAUAACGACUUUGCCCAACACUGGGAGUACGGUGAACUCUUCUGGUUCCAGACCAUAACACACGUCUUGGUUCCUCAGCGACCAGCGUUGUUCGGCUACCCUGGUGUGUUGAUGAUCUUCAUCCUCCUCUGGACCGCCACCAGCGCUCCUCUGUGCCACUCGCUCACCCUCAAGGAGAAGAAGAGGAUCUUCAUCGUGGCUGGCAUCGUGGCUGGCAUGCUCCCUUUCUUCCAGGCCCACUCGUGGAUGGGCGUGAUGGCCGUCCUCGGCGUCUACGGUCUCAGUGAGACCUUCAAGUGGGUCAACGAGCCCUUCUACUUCCUCAACUGGCUCCGCUUCGGCAUCAUCGCCGUCGUGUGGGCCUUCCCGCAGUUCGUCGUCUUCGCCCAGCGUGGUAAGGAGUGGGGCUUCGCUCAGUUCAAGCCUCUCUGGACCGAUCCCUCUUUCUCUGGCACUGGUAACCCGAUCAUGUUCUGGUUCUACUCCCUCGGUUUCUUUGUGUUCCUCAGCCUCGGCUUCUUCUUCAUCCUCAACGGCAAGCAAAAGCAGUGGUAUCUGGGCCACCUCGCGCUGUUCGCCUUCGCCAAUCUCUUCCUUCUGCAGCCGUGGACCAAGGACAACAUCAAGAUCAUCAACAUCUACAUGUUCGGUGCCUCGUCCGUCGUCGGCCUCGGCCUCGUGCGUCUGUUCAACCGCGACAGCAGCGGCGUCAAGGGCAGGCGGGACAAGCUCUCCGCGCCCUCGCCCAUCCUCACGCCCCACCAGCGCCUCGAGCAGUCCCAGUCGAUCCUGGCCCCGUUCUACGAUUCUCCCGUGGUCGUCAAGUUCAACGAGUUCUGCGCCAACCCGUUCUUCCAGACCGCCACCUGGGCCACCGCCCUCAAGGUGGUCGUUAUCCUGCUCGUCGUUUCCAUGUGCUUCACCGGCGUGAUCAGCGUCAUCCGUGAGCCCAACCUGCACUGGAGAUUCCAGGACAACGAGGACCUGGCCACCGGUCAGUGGAUCAUCGACCACACCGACCCCUACGCCGUGUUCGCUACCAGCGAGGGUCACAUCGUGCCUGUUUCCACCAACGCCGGUCGUCAGCAUGUUGCCGGAUACCCUGGCUGGCUGUACUCGCACGCCUACAACGGCUGGUACGACCGCACGCUGCACGUGAAGGAGAUGUGGGCCGGUGAUCAAAAGGCCUAUGAGCGGUUCAAGGAGUACAACGUCUCCUACAUGCUGCGUGAGUGGCACAUGACCGUCAACGAGGCGUUUUUGUCCGAGUGCUGCUCAGAGCAGUACAGGAGCGACUCGGGGCGAUACGCCAUCUACAAGGUCGAGAGGACGGAGAAGCCUCAGCCUCCCCAAGUGGAGCAGCAGUAA